AUGCCUCUUCAACUACGGCCAGCUGUCCCAGAGGACAUCCCGGGCAUGUGCAGGGUUUACUACUCAGCCUUUGGUGACACCAUCAUCGGAAGCCGUGUCUUUAACGCAAACAAACAAGCCUCUGAUCAAUUUUUCCUCAAGAGCUUCGCAGAAGACAUGGCUAAUCCGACCUGCCAAGUCCUCGUCGUCACCCACAAAACGUCCCCAGAGUCAAAAGACGAGCAAGUGGUCGCCCUAUCAAAGUGGAAUCUCCCCGGAGCGCCGAUCCAAGACGUCCCACCAGCCGAGGCAUGGCCCGCUGCAGGGGAUUUGGCCGUGGAAUUCUUUGGCGCAAUGACAGAAGGUCAUCGUAGGUUCAUCGGCGCCAGACUCCACUAUCACCUCGAAGUCAUCUGCGUCCACGAGGAUUGGCAGGGCAAGGGUGCAGCAAGUCUCUUACUGCGCUGGGGUACCGAACGUGCCGACGCCGAGAGUCUGCCAUGCUUUCUCGAAGCUACGCCAAAGGGAGCGCCGAUAUACCAAAAGUAUGGAUUCAAGAGAAAGGCUGACGAAGUGUUUGAGUGGUCGUUCGGGAGGUCUGUGGAGACGUACAUGGAGCGUGAUGCAAAGGUCGAGAAACGGACCAUGACGCGGUCCAGGACCAAGGAACUGGCGUAA